AGGUGAAUGGGGUGGACCUCCGUAACGCCACUCACGAGCAGGCAGCCGCCGCCCUGAAGAACGCCGGGCAGACGGUGACCAUCAUCGCCCACUACAGACCAGAGGAGUACAGCCGCUUCGAGGCGAAGAUCCACGACCUGAGGGAGCAGAUGAUGAACAGCAGCAUCAGCUCCGGAUCUGGGUCUCUGCGGACGAGUCAGAAGAGGUCGCUGUACGUCAGAGCUCUGUUCGACUACGAUAAGACCAGAGACUCGGGUCUGCCGAGUCAGGGACUCAACUUCAAGUUCGGAGACAUCCUCCACGUGGUGAACGCCUCCGACGACGAGUGGUGGCAGGCCAGACAGCUGACGUCACAGGGGGAGGUGGAGGAGGUCGGGGUCAUCCCCAGCAAGAGACG